AUGCGUGCGGAGGAUGGUUGGUUUUUAUCUAUGGAACAGUUGAGCGAGAGAAGAAUUGUUGAGGAACACGAAACCAUGUAUAUAGGUAGGUUCAACAAAUCUACUCCAGAGCAAGUUUUGCAUAAUGCCCCGCUGUCCUACGUAAAGACAACCCUUGCCGUUAUAUUUUUGAGGAUUUUGGCAACAUAUAUUUGGAAAGGGCAUUCCAUAGACAUAUAUUUAAUAAACAUAGAAGAGUACCAGAAAUUCCUGAAGAGCACCUCCCAAAUCAAAAAGACACGCAGGGAAAUGCAAACUUCUGUCCUAUACCAGACCCUAUCGAGGUUCCGUGGUAGGUCCAGUACGUGGUACUCUCAGGUAUCCAAUUUACUUUACGUUCAUUUCUCUACUGACCGGAAGCAUUGGUUCGAAUCCUUCGCAGAGUUGUUCUAUGACUCAAUUAUCAUCGCUAUCAUUACUAACAUUGCAUGA